GGAAAGAAGCUUGGGUCUCUGUCUACUUCUGACUAAAGGCUUUGCUGAAGUUCCUCAGUAUCCCAAAGCCUAACAGUUCUCUGGAGAAGGCUGCCAGGAGGAUUACUGCUGUACACCUUGAUAAUGGGAAAUGAAAUCAGCCACGAGAGGUAUUGCAGAAGGUCUGGGAAGCCUGAAAGGCAAGAAGCUGAGCAAGAAAAGGCAGAAGCUGAUCUUUCUACUGCUCAGAAGCCUCUACCGGGGAGCAGUGAGAAUCCUCUUCCAGAGGAGAAAUCACAGGAUGCUGCUGUGGGGAUGCAGAACGAAGAUCCAGAAAGUGAAACAGCUUUAUCUUCCCUGCAACACAUGCAGAAGUCUGUGCCACAGAUAGCAGUGCAAAGCACAGAGCUGCAAGACCGUGGUGAGACUCAGCCCUUUGUGCAAGAGCCAGAAGAGACUGAAACUGAGCCUGCUGUGGUGAGUCCAGACAUGCUAAUGUGUGUUCCAACUCAGGAGAGGGCUGCAACAGCUCAGCCAGCUGUAGGAGAGACAAAAACUGACCUGGCUCUGCAGGCUGCUGGGGAGGUGGGAGAUAGAGAGGCAGAAGAUGUGGUGAUCAACCAGGCAGCAGUGGAAAAACACUCAGUGGUGCACAAGAGACCAAGUGGAAAGCUGUGCAAGCCAAGUCCUCUCUGCAGGUGGCUGAAGAAACUCCAGUCCUCUGCUGAGAAGAAGUAAGGUCAGGACUGAAGCAAUUGCUAGUCAAGUGUGAGGCUUCCUAUGAACUAUCAAAGGACUGUUAAGUGUUUCCUGGGACUGGAGAGAAAAAAAAAAGACUAAGAAUUAAAGUAGAAAGAAAAUAUUUUGUCAUCUUCAAGCUGUGUGUCUGCUGUGUGGUUCUGGCUGUUGUAAAGGCCUGGGUGCAGCACAGAGGGUAUCCCAGCUGGAUGUGAGAGAAAGGGGAACCUGAAUGGCUCUGAUCCCCCUCUGAUCUGCAACUUGUGAGCUUGGCUGUUCCUGUUGCUCACUGGGCUCUGUCUUUAAUAGCCUUCUUUCUGAACCUAUGUAGAAGUGCAGUGUACAAAUCUCUAUCUUUGUGGUGCUUCCCACCAUUUGACUUCCUUCCACUUGCUUUUAAUAACUUGUUCUGUCUGAUAGACCAAGCUUAGUGCAUUAGUAUUAUCAAGCUAAAUAAAUACCUUUAUAAAAACACUAAAUGUUUACAAAUGUGUAAUGUUAAUAGUGGGUGUUGUGUGGGAGGGUUGGUAAACAAGGGGCUCUUGUUUUGCUACUAGAAUUGAUUGCUUUGUGUGUAUUUUUAAUGUUUGCAAGUCAAUAAAAGCUAGUUUUAUUGCCUCAAAUGAAGCAUUGACUACAAGUGAAAGGGCUUUAAGGGAGGGAGGAGAAAUGGGAUGCUAUAGCCUAUCCUCAGCUGCAGAUGAUGAUACAACAAGGAGGGC